AUGUGUGGAAGAAAUGAAAAAACCUCCGGAGGCAAUCAAGAGGACGGCACACAAGAAACAAGUGGCAAAACUACAACCACUACUUCCUCCGAAGUGGAUUGCAGCGACAACAGUUUCAAAGCAACUGGAUGUAACAUUGAACUUGCUGGUAAAUUGUUGAUAAUAACGGAUAGUUUCAAAGAUGAACCGUGGAGGAGGGAAUUGUAUUGUUUGUGUAAACAAUUGUAUUCGUUUCUUAACGGAACCAAUAUAACAGCAGAAAUUUUGACUGGAACCAGUAAAUACAAGAACUGCCCUAUUGUGAAUGAACGUGCCAAUGAAACCUUUCUUCAAGAUGAAUUAAAAUCUUUGAAUUCAGAAUACCAACCAAUAGAUGGACAAGCAGGCAUGGCGUUGAUUUUAUCAGACAGACCUGAUAUGUUCGAUUCCUUAGGUGAUUUGCCAGAUGAGAAACAAGAACCUUUUAUAUAUUUCGUAAGUGUUGGAAAAGGAAUGGACACCAAACCUGAAGAUUCUUGUCUUCGGCAAUAUAGAUCUAUAAAUGAUGCUUCCGAAAUUUCAAAAAUUGGAUUGGAAUUGGAGAGAAAUGCGUGUAAUCGUAUGUAUAAAUUAAUGUUAUCAUACACCUUUUCAUUAGAAAUGAUGCUUGAAUUAAAGUGUUUUUAUCAUGAAAAAAAGAAAAGAAUGUGA